CCACCGCCAUCGCCAUCAACAUCUUCAUCCAUGUCAUCAGUCUCUUCACCGAGUAAAUCCCUGUCAAUUCUCUACGAACCAGAUACGACAUUACACUUUUUAGCAACAAUGUCCGAUUUUGACGAACCACCAACUCCAUCGCAUAUGUCAACUUACGAUCUUAGUUGUGGGAUGACCCCACAGAGUCACCACACUAAUUUCGCCAGAAGUCUUCUCCAAUUUUGGUGUCCACUAUACCAUGUUCGCCAAGCAGGCCCCCAAAGUGCUGUUGUAUCUGUUGGUACGUCGGCAUCAUCAUCGACAACAUCACCGUCGGGCACGCAAUUGCGAAUGCCACCACCCACGAGUGGGGGGAUCAAUGAACCGCAGGAGUGCCCCUAUUGCCACCGCACAUUCUCCUGCUACUAUUCGCUCAAGCGACACUUUCAGGACAAGCACGAGCAGUCGGACACGCUGUACGUGUGCGAGUUCUGCCAUCGGCGGUACCGAACCAAGAACUCGCUCACCACGCACAAGAGCCUGCAGCACCGCGGCUCCAGCGGCAUGCUGAAGCGCCUGCUGAAGACGUCCGCGAUCAAGAAUGUCCUGGGGCCGCACCACGGUGCGCCCCAUCCGCGGCCGCACCUCUUUGAUUUCGCAGCGGAGCUGGGCCAGCCGCCGCCGGGCAUCCAAUAGAUCGACCUGCAGUCAUCGUUCACCACGAUGCUCUUCGCCACACUCAACCAGCACCAGCGUGAUAUUUACACCGCUCACAGUUGAAUCGCGCGCGCGCGCGCCGCGCAGGACGCGCCAUGCCAAAACACACACACACACACUUGGACAAGAGCGCUCCGCGGGAUCACAGAGGAUCGCCGCGGAGCCGGGACACAAAUUGACCAACAAGUUAUGAAAUUAAACACACACAGAGAGAUUAGGUUAAUCUAGCUUAAUUGUAAGGAUUAAUUGUAGAAGUUCACUGUCUUGAAAUUGUGACAACACUGUGGAUUGUCACGCUAAAUGCCCACACAAUACUUAAAAAAAAAUGGGGUUGGAAUAUUAUCCACCCCGGAAUAUGUGUAAAUAUUUCAAAUUGAUCACUCUAUGGGAGAACCUGGGGUUCAUUGAACACUGAAUGGAAUCUUUAACGGACAAUUUUCCAAAAUACACACGAGAUAUUUCCUGUCAAUUAACCUGUCAAAAGUGUCAAAAAAUUUGUAUUUUCUUGUCAUACUAAUUCGGCCAAUGAAAUAUCUCGGAGUAUUUUUUCCCUAAAGGAGAUUUCUUUCGACACAGAUCAACUGCCAAAAAAAUGAACAACUAUCACAAAAACCCAAUCACGGUUUCUCUAGCCAAGAUAGAGUUUAAGAAAGAAAAACUGCAAAUGCCACAAAAACCGAAUCAAUUUGCAGAACGGUUUCAAAGUGUAAGAAAAAAAGAAGUGGGAAUAAAAAUACUUCUGAAAAACACCCUUCGAGUUCACCUAAAAAAUUUGAUGACAAGUUUAAGGUUAAAAAGAAAAAGAAAAUCUAACAAUUUACUCAGUGAUUCACCGCUCAAGUACAAAAAAAAGGAUAAAAACAUUUUUAACUGUAAAAGUGGAGGGAAAAAUUCGAAUUAAAGUAUACUUAUAUACAUAUAUCAUUGCAUAACAUAUUUUGAAGUAAAAUGAAUAUCAAGAGAAAGUCUUAGUAGAUUAAAUGCGGGGAGGAAAAAAAGGAAGAAACGUAUUUUUGUGUCAACAUAUCUUGAUGAAAUCUAAUUAAAAAGGAAGAAAAAUUUGCCCACUCGGGCGCUCAGGAGAAUUUACAAUAUUACUAAUUUUGUGUGUUUUUCUAGCAAAGUGUUCAGUUUGCGAGGAGUUACUUGAAUUCUACAGAGAGAGAGAGAGAGAGAGCUUUGGAGGGAGAGAAAUGAUUUGUGGUGGCGAUAGAUUAUUUUUCAAGCAGUCGUUUAUACUUAUCAAUUUCUUCAUAUCUUGACCUGUGGUGCCAUAAAGUCUUUCAUUUUCCACCUGAUUAAGCGCGGAAUCCACCAUCAAAGAGCAUGAGAAGGAGAACACAAAGUGAGUGAGAAAUAUCGUGAGACAGAUGAAAUCACUUGAGUUGAGGAAUUAGAGGCGAAAAGCUGUUGAAAAAUGAUUUUCAAAGGAACAAAAAAGGAGAUAAAGAAAGGAAGGAAGGAAGAAAGGGAUAGAGAGAUUCAUCGAAGUUCACUUUGUAAUAUUUACAAAAUGUAUAUUCAUUCACCCAAUGUAAGAAACUUACAUUAAACAUUACUUACAUAUUAAGCUCACAUUACAGAUAAUAUCAUAAAGAAAUACAUAUGUAUGUACUCCUGUAUAUUCCUAGCUAUAAAUUAUUUUAUCUUAACGGUUUUACUGAGAGAGAGAGAGAGAAAACAUAAGGAAGAUUAAGAGACACAGAAACAGAUGAUCGGAAAGCAAAUCGAGAUAAAUUUUAUUAGUUUGACAAAACGGGAAUGACUAAAAAAUUUAUUCUUCUCAAUCUGUGAUGUAGGAAUGCUUCUCUGAUUAUAAAUAGUCAGUGUUUAUGAUAUAUUUUCAAAAGGGAUGUAGAUGCAGAAUAUGUAAAGUGGGUGUGGAGGAUUGCAUUAGAUGAGGAAAUGAUCCCCAUAUUUGUGAAUAGAGUUAUGUAUUCAUUGAUAAAACUGAAUUGGGUGGAAUUAAAAGGUAGAAAACAAGAAGAGAAAACACGAUGGAAAAUUUGAUAUGAACAAAAAAGAAAAAGUAGAGAAUUUAAACAAAAAAGGAAACAUUUUUGACCAAGUCUUUUCCAGUGAAAGUGUGAAACAAAAAGGAAACAAAUUCUUCUGACACAAAUGAAAAAAAAAAACCAAACAAAUUGUGGAACUAUAUAUUGAAUAUUGGUAAAAAUAUUGGAUAAAACUUAUAGUAUUUCUCAAAAGGAAAGGAAAGGAAAAAAAUCUUAUUACAUUUCAAAAAUCAUGGAGAAAAAAAAUAAAGAAAAAAAAUAUUCAUAUUAUUGAGAAAAGGAAAUAUUUUAAUAUAUUUGUAAGAAUGUAAAAGUACUUUUUAAAGUAAAAAAACAUUACUAAGAAAACUCACUCUUUACAAAUUCAGGGUACACACAUCAUUUUAAGCUAUAUGUUAUGUGCCAAAAUUUAUAGCUAGUUCUACUCAUUCGGAGAAUUCAGAGAGAGAGAGAGAGGAAUGAUACAUAACUUUAAAUAUUCAUAUAUAUGUAUUUACAUACAUAGAAAUCUUCUUAACUCAAAAUGAAGCCAUAUUGCGACAAAUAAUGACGUUAUAAUUCUUCAAGUCUACAAACUCUUCUUUCAACACACAUCUCGAUGGCGUGGAAUUUUCACCGUGUGUUAUCCUUAACACAUGUCGCGCCGACAUUUAUUUGACAGCACACAAUUAUAUAUAUAUUCAAUCUUGCUGCACCAGAAGAACUGGGGAAAUUUAGUUAAUUUUGCAAAAUUCCACUGCAGAAAAAAAAAUACAACAAUCACACUUGAUUUUGACAGGAAAAGUCAAAGGAAUUUUUGAGAGAAAUGAAAGUUCAAAAAAAAGAAAUAAAAGGAAAUUCGGCUCACGGAAAAAAAGUAACAUAUCAAUUUUAAUUUUUGUGUUUCACUAAAAAAAAAAAUUAUUCUAUGAUAUAAUUUUAUUUUUACGAAAGCUAUUGUAUAUUCAAAAUUUUUUAUAUUUGGAAAUGUUUAUCAAAAAAAAAACUAAGGAAAAAAAUAUAUAUUAACCUACAAUUGUAUGAUAACAAAAUUCAAUGAGAAAAAAAUGAAAAUCUGUGAUUGAAUUAAUUUUAAUGUUAUUGAUUUAAAGAACUGAUUAGACCAUUAUUAAAUUAUUGAAUUGGAUAAAAUUUUGUUAGUGAUUUCGGCUACCAAAGAAUUAAAAAGAAAAAGUAAAACAAACGUGAAGAAAAAAACGUGAAUGAAAAUUUACAUAAUUAAUAUUUAUGGUCAAAUUGACAAACUUCUGAGAGAUUUUUUUUUUCUCUAGUUUUGCUCAUUUUUUUUCCACUUGAUAUUGCGCAUCAGUGAAGAGAUUAAAAAAAAAAAAUUAUAAUUCACAAAAAUAAACAAACACAAACACACAAAUAAUGAUACAACAUCAACUGUCGCUAUGUGUGCCAAUUGUAUAAAUUUGACGAUUUACAAUUUCUACUUAUUAUAAACUAACAUAUCCUGGCUCAAUAUUUUUCCAUUAUGUUGACGACGAAGUGAAGGUAAAAGAAAAGAAAAAAAAACAAUGAGACGACAAAAAUAAAUUUCAGUAUUAUAUUUUAAAAAAAAGUAAUUAGAUUUACGCGUAAACAAAAUAAUUAUUGAUGGAAUUACAAAAACUCAAGAAGGAGAAGAAGAGGUGAAAAAUUAAUUGAUAAAGAAG